AUGACGAGAGUUGUAGAAGCGUAUCUUGCAGAAUCUGUACUCCCCAGUGGUGAACUUGACCCUGAGUCCUAUUGGCAGGUUCUCUGUAACCUUCUAAGUUCUGUGCUUAAGAGUUCCCACGUUCCUUCCUCUGCAGUGUACUGUCUUGGUCUGUCGGUACAGCGAAACACUUUUCUACUGUGGGACAGCUUCACUUGCUGUCAGUUUGUCUUUCAGGCCCUCAACAAAACUGGAAAAGUGCUUUACAAGAUUGUUCCAUGUACCAAGUUUAAACUGGCUUCCCAUUUCAAACUCACCUGCAUAUUUGUUGUAACCAGACUCGCGCACAUGUUCGACGAGGACCCAACACUUGGCAUUAGUCCAAUUAUAAUGAAUCUUGUGGAAAUGUCCCCGAAAAUAUUUCCUGCUAUAUGCCCCACAAGUCAUCGGUCUGAGUUGACUACUUGCUUAUUUCUCAUCAGCACUUUUUAUGGCGAGGUUCGUUUCGGUCCCCUUGGUCGGAGCCCAGAGGAACUGGCCGCCGGCAUCAAAAGAGUCCGAGUUACCGCGCUCAUUGGUGACUCGCAAGCCGCCAUGCUGGGCGAGGGCUGUCUCAACAGGGGAGACGCCAAACUCACCCUUGGCACUGGUGCCUUUCUCAAUGUCAAUAUCGGAUCCAAGGCCAUUCCGCCGAAAACUGGCUUCUACCCAGUCAUCGGUUGGGCUCAGUCCGUGAGAAGCAAUGCCGAGGAGAGCUGCGAGCGCAUCGCCGACACGAAAUUAUCUAACGUUACCUAUCUGUUGGAAGGUUUCAACUCAGAUGCCGGGAACACGCUUACCAGACUUAAAGACAGCGGUAAGCACUCUUGGUGCCCCUUUAAAGCCCUUGUUUUCCUUAAUCUUGCUCUCCGUAUCACUCACAAACCUUUAUUUUUUUUAACUUGCGAUUUUCCUUUUUUUAUGGCUCGGUUUGAUGCGAUUGAGGAGGACGCAACUCCUUUCUUUGUGCCCUCUUCGUUGGGCUUUUGCGAGUCUCGCAAAAUGCACACCCAGAGCAGCAGCCCAGAGAAAGCACUCACCUUCGUUAAUACUAACAGUGUGCUAACAGAGGGGGGUGUCUUUGUCGGAUUGCCUGCGGGUUUUGACCAAAAGGCCCUUCAAAAAAGAGUCCGUAAAGCUGCCAUAUUUGCUGUAAUGGACUCGAUUGCUCUGUCCGCCCGGCUUCUCAUCAGAAGUGCCAAUACACAAUUGACUUCUAACAUAUCAGUGCUCCGCGUAAAUGGAAAUCUCACCAGAUCGGAUUGGUUAAUGCAGCGCUUAGCAAAUACACUGAAUCUGCCUGUUGAAAGAAGCGCCAUCUCGGAGACAUGUUGCCUCGGUGCCGCUAUCGCUGCUGGGGUUGGUGCUGGUAUCUGGGCUUCCUACGCCGAUGCUGUUUCACGCUCCCGUCCACAGAGCACACUUGUCACUGGGGUCAGCGAAUGCACAAAUUCGCCGCAGACCCUGAAGACGCGCUUCACGCCCAACCCCAAGUGUGCUCGUCGCAUGGAUGUUCGCUAUACCCAAUGGACGUCUGUUUGCGCGCGCGUUCUAAAGGCACACAACGCUGAUUGCUCUGCAACUUGUCCCCCUGAUUCCAUCACACUCAAUUUUCUUCUUAAAUGUAUAAAGUGA